AUGGAGAACCGGCCUGGGUCCUUCCAGUACAUCCCAGUGCAGCUGCAAGGGGGGGCCCCCUGGGGCUUCACCCUCAAGGGGGGUCUGGAACACUGCGAGCCGCUCACAGUGUCUAAGAUUGAAGAUGGAGGCAAGGCAGCCUUGUCCGAGAAGUUGAGGACUGGUGAUGAGCUGGUGAAUAUCAACGGCACUCCAUUGUAUGGCUCCCGCCAAGAGGCCCUCAUCCUCAUUAAAGGCUCCUUCCGGAUCCUCAAGCUGAUUGUCAGGAGGAGAAACACCCCUGUCAGUAGGCCACAUUCAUGGCACGUGGCCAAGCUAUUGGAGGGAUGCCCUGAAGCGGCCACCACCAUGCAUUUCCCUUCUGAAGCCUUCAGUUUGUCCUGGCAUUCAGGUUGCAACACAAGUGACGUGUGUGUGCAGUGGUGUCCACUCUCCCGGCACUGCAGCACUGAGAAAAGCAGCUCCAUUGGCAGCAUGGAGAGCCUGGAGCAACCAGGCCAAGCCAACUAUGAGGGCCACCUCUUGCCCAUUGACCAGAACAUGUACCCCAACCAGCGUGACUCAGCCUACAGCUCCUUCUCAGCCAGCUCAAAUGCCUCUGACUGUGCCCUUUCCCUCAGGCCAGAAGAGCCAGCCUCUGCAGACUGCAUCAUGCAAGGCGCAGGGCCAGCUAAGGCCCCCAACGGCCGGCUUAAUGUGGCUGAGAGCUGUAGCGGUGGCCGACACACUAACGGGUGCCACCCAACUGCCAGCUCCCAGAUGUCAUUCCGCCCACAGGAGGGCCACCACUCAGGGCCUGCCAAAGUGUCAAGGGGCCCACCACAACCUCCAGUGAGGCGAGACAGCCUUCAGGCCUCCAGAGCCCAACUCCUCAAUGGAGAGCAGUGCAGGGCUUCUGAGCCUGUAGACUCAUUACAACAGAAGGGGAAACGGAGCUCAGAGACCAUGCUGUCCCCAAGGAACACUAACAGGUUCUGCUGCCUCAGCAGACAAGACCAAGAGACGAGUGAGGGCCAUCAGAACUGUGAGCUCAGCCAGCCUCCUGACUCCAGCCAGCAGGGCUGUGAACAUCUACUGAUGGAGGCCUCGGCCAAAGCUGCUGGUUACCCAAAAACCUGUGGCAAGGCUUCCAGCACAGAUCGCAGCCCACUCAACAAGGCUUCAGCAGAGCAAACUAAGACUUCUUCUGUCAGCAACCCUCCACAUCUCACGAGGCCUGCAGAGCAUCGUCAUAGUGCCCCUGAACAGCUGUUGCAAUCCCACCUGCAGCAUGUGCACCUUGAUACUAGGGGCAGCAAUGGGAUGGGGCUCCCAUCUGAGCAGGAUGGGCACCAGUGGACUCUGUCCCCCUUACAUAGCAGCCACACAGGGAAGAAAAGUCCAUGUCCCCCUGCAGAAAGAGCCCAGGACCAGCUCAGCAAAGAGAGAAAAACCAGGCCAAUGGAUGAUAGGCCUUUGAGUUCAGGACACCAGAGCCCAAGCAGUUCUCCACAUGGAGAUGCUGAUGGACACCCUCCAGAAAGAGGUUUCCUGGACCCAAUCAGAGGAGGUAGUGAAUUGGCAAGCCAGCAGCCCUCUGCCUCUGGUCUCCCUGUUCAUCAAACCAGGGACUGUUCUUCAACCACUAAAGUAGCCAGUGGCACAGAGGCAAUUGAAGAAGUGGGCACUGAGCCCAAGGAGUGUGGCCGAAUGGGUGGUAAGCGAAAUGGAGGGACCCGGGGCCGCUCCAUCCAAAACCGGCGGAAGAGUGAGCGUUUUGCUACCAAUCUACGUAAUGAAAUUCAGAGGAGGAAGGCCCAGCUCCAGAAAAGUAAGGGUCCCUUGUCACAGCUGUGUGACACUAAAGAGCCAGUGGAAGAGACUGAGGAGCCUCCAGAAAGUCUUCCACUUCCUAACUCUAAUGCAUCUCUUCUGUCUUCAUAUAAAAAACCACCUAGCCCCAGAGACAAGCUCUUCAACAAGAGCACGAUACUCAGGGCUAGGUCUUCAGAGUACCUUAGUCAAGCCCCUGAGAGCCAUGAAUCUAGACCAGACAUGGAGGGACGAAUAAGCCCUGGCCAGAGGUCUGGCCAGUCCUCUUGGGGCCUGAACACCUGGUGGCAAGCUAAACCAUCCUCUUCAGACUCUGAGAAAACAAGUGCUCACCAUGGAAUCCAUGGCGGUCAUUGGAGAUGGUCUCCAGAGCAUAACCUGCAGCCACACGUGGCACUAGCCAUGGAUGGCCCUUCCAACCCAGGUGACAACAAUGAAUUGAUGGCUUCUAUUGCCCAAGCUGAGGGGGAAGCCAUCCUCUUGCCCUUUGCAGACAGAAGAAAGUUCUUUGAAGAGAGUAGCAAAUCUUUAUCCAUGUCUCAUUUGCCAGGUUUAACCACUCAUAGCAAUAAGACUUUUACCCAGAGAACAAAAUCUGUAGACCAAAACUUCCAGCCAAUGAGCUCCAGCUAUAGAGACUUGAGACGCCAUCUCCUGGACCAAUCAUAUCAUUCCACAGACCAGUCAUAUCAUUCCGUGUCACCCCUUCAGUUAGAAACUCCAACUUACCUCGAAUGCUUUGCAAGCAAAGGCCUAGAACAAUCCGUGUGUCGUAAGCCACUACACUGUGGUGAUUUUGAUUACCACAGUACCUGCUCUUACUCCUGCAGUGUUCAGGGAGCUGUAGUCCAUGACCCUUGCAUAUAUUGUACUGGGGAAAUCUGUCCUUCCUUGCUAAAAAGAAAUAUGGUGCCAAACUGCUACAACUGCCGAUGCCACCACCACCAGUGCAUCCGGUGUUCAGCUUGCUAUCAUAAUCCUCAGCAUAGUACCCUUGAGGACAACAGCUUGGCACCCGGCAAUACUUGGAAACCCAGGAAGCCGGCAGUGCAGGAAUUUCCUGGGAACAAAUGGAAACCAAUAACAGGAAACAGGAAGACCAGCCAGUCAGGGAGGGAAAAUGCUCAUUCCAAGGGUAACUUUUCAUGGGCAACCCCCUUUCAUCCUUGCCUCGAGAACCCAGCACUAAACUUGUCAAGCUACCGAGCAAUCUCUUCCCUUGACCUCCUUGGAGACUUCAAGCACUCCUCGAAAAAAACAGAGGAAACUUCAGUUUAUGAGGAGGGGAGCUCCAUUGCCUCCAUGCCACGCCCACUGCGCAGCCGGGCCUUCUCAGAGAGUCAUAUCAGCUUGGAACAACAGAGUUCUCGAGCCUGGGGUCAGAAUCGGAGAGAGCUCUUUGCCAAAGUUGAUGAGACCCAGCCGGAUCCUCUUGGAGCCAGGAAGAAGGCCUUUCCUCCUCCUCGCCCUCCCCCUCCCAACUGGGAGAAAUACAGGCUCCUCCGAGCUGCCCAGCAACAACAGGAGCAGCAGCAGCAGCCGCAGCAACGGCAAGAGGAAGAAGAGGAAGAAGAGGAGGAAGAAGAGGAAGAGGAGGCGGAGGAGGAGGAGGAGGAGGAACUGCCGCCCCAGUAUUUCAGUUCAGAAACCACUGGUUCCUCUGCCCUCAACACGGAGGAUGUCCUGGAGCAGCCACAACCCCUGGGCUUUGGUCACCUGGAGGUCUUGAGGCAGGGUUCACAAAGCCUCCCAGCAGAGCAAAAGUCCUUUGAUCUCCAUUCAAGCAAUUUCCUGCCCAGCCUACUUCCAAUAGGUGGCCACUUGGGGUCUCAACCUCAGCAAGCUCAGCCCCCUUGCUAUUAUGGCAUCAGUGGGCUUUGGAGGACAUCGGAGCAGCUGGCCCUGGACACUAAGUCUACCAACUCCCUCAAACAAGAAUUUCAGCACUUCACCCCUCCUCAGGGGGCCCCAGGGAUCCCAGCCUCUUACUCAACCUAUUACAAUAUUUCUGUGGCCAAGGCAGAGCUUCUGAACAAGUUGAAAGACCAGCCGGAGAUGGCAGAGAUUGGCCUGGGAGAGGAGGAAGUUGACCAUGAACUGGCUCAAAAAAAGAUACAGCUUAUUGAAAGCAUAGGCAGAAAACUCUCCAUCCUGCGGGAGGCUCAGCGAGGGCUGCUGGAGGAUAUCAAUGCCAAUUCCUCCCUUGGGGAGGAGGUGGAGGCCAACCUGAAAGCUGUCUGCAAAUCCAAUGAGUUUGAAAAAUACCGCUUGUUUAUUGGGGACCUGGAGAAAGUGGUCAACCUGCUGCUGUCACUCUCUGGACGACUGGCCCGGGUGGAGAAUGCUCUCAACAGCAUUGAUUCAGAGGCCAACCAGGAGAAGUUGGUGCUGAUAGAGAAGAAGCAGCAGCUGACGGGGCAGUUGGCAGAUGCCAAGGAGCUGAAGGAGCAUGUUGACCACCGGGAGAAGUUGGUGUUUGGCAUGGUCUCCUGCUACCUGCCUCAGGACCAGCUCCAAGAUUACCAGCAUUUCGUGAAGAUGAAAUCUGCCCUCAUCAUUGAGCAGCGAGAGCUGGAGGAGAAGAUCAAGCUCGGGGAAGAGCAGCUCAAAUGUCUCAGAGAGAGCCUACUCCUGGGGCCCAGCAAUUUCUAAUUCCACCAGCAGUUUGCCACAGCAUGCCUGCCCAGCCACAGUGGGAAGUGCUUUCAAUCUUCAUUAGCAAUUUGUUAGCAAUUAGAUAACAGUUAGUUAGCAGUUUGUUCCAUACUCUGUACCCUGGACUUCUCUUACUGCCCUUUACCUAGCAGUUCCCCUAACCAGCUAGGAGACCCUGGGGAGGCCCCAAGCUUCUCCCCAGGGGAGCUGCAACGAGUUGUAAUCACACCACCACACUCUCCUUCCCACAGUUUGCAUAGGCAAGCAUUCACUGUACACAGAACCAACAAAGUUCUACUGUGUACUAGGACACCAAAGAUGUUAUCUACUCACCACCCACGUACACUGUAAUCAGACUCUCAAGGCUCAGGAGCUAUCUGUGCAGCUCCACUCUGCCCCAGGGCUCUGUUUCCCACAGGGGUUUGGCUGCCUUGAGAGUAUUCACCUACCGUCAGUUUCAGGGCCUCACCUAAGCUUUUGUAGUGGGAAGCACAGAACUGGGAAUUGCACUUAACAGAAUGGUAG